UUUCAAAUGUUUGUUUUUACCCGGAAGCGUCCGACCUAGAAGCAAAGACUCGAUUUGUCUCAAGAAAACUUAAAAGAGAGAUAAAAAUGAAUUAAGAGCCAAUAGUUUGGGGUCUGAAGUUGACAUUAGGCAUGAAAGCAACAGCUAAACAUAAGGUGGUGACAUCGGGGAGAUUGACCGGUGGAACCAAUGUGGCAAAGGCCAGGCGAUUGGUGACUCCAGCGGCACAACCCGAGCCAGCCUACUCUCUGUACUCCACUGAGUCUGAGGAUCAGGUCACUUCUCUUCACAAAGGUCUGGAUCGCUGUGCUGCUCUGCUCAGUGACAUUCUUCAAGCUGAAAAGAGAGUUUCACCCAGCCCUUCAAGAGCAGCAGCAGGUCGGACACUAAAAUCAAGGCCUUCCACCUCACUGGGCAAAAAGAGCAUGAAGAAACUGACUAAAAAGACAGUCCAGAAGACUCCUCAGUCAUCUCAGUGUAACAGCACUACUCCUAAAAGAGCUCAAAAGUUCACUGCUCCGCCUCCGCAUAUGGGAGUUAAGCUGCACCCACCGAGACGGCCUACUCCCCAAAAAGCUGGCGCCUCCCCCUCAAUCUGUCCAACUAAGCCCCAUACUCACACCCCAUCACCUCAACCCCAGUCUUCUGUCCUACUGUCUGUGCUCCAGUCGUCUUCUCAGCCCGGCCGGAAGCCUUUCCGUCAGACAGAGUGUAAUGAUGUGGAAGAGGAGACUGUCCCUGUGAGAGACACCGACAACCAGCUGCCUCUCAAAUCGAACUCCCCUCAUGUUCUUGAUGGUUCUGUGAAGCUGUCAAAUGCCUGUCUGGAAUCUGGAGGUAACAGUGAAACCCCGCAGGUCAUAUUUAGCUGCACGGAGAAGGAGGUGAAGGAGAGGACAGCAGAGUAUCUUCUGGGACAACUGAAGACUCUGAUCGCUGGACAAGGCAGUGUAGCUGAGAACUUGCUCAGUCGUCUGGAGGAAGUGAUGUCGUCACCAGUGCUGUCACUGAGUGACAGUUCAUUAAAUGUCCAGAGAGACGGUGUUUCAGAUUUGUCGUCACUGCACAGACAGAACAUUCAGCUGCAGAGGGAGGUGAUGAUUCUGAACCAGCGGUUGAUGGAGAAAGAGAUGGCAGGAAUCCAGGGUAACACAGAGACACUCUACAUUCCUCAGGUGACAGCUGUAAUGAAGGAGCUCACUGCAGCUCAGUCCCGACUGCAGGAGCUGCAGCACGAUCUGAAGGAGCUACGGGAAGCUCUGCAUGACACACAGGACAAACUGAAGAGUCAGGAGGCACACAACAAAGUUAUUACAACAGACUUGGAAGCAGCUCGCAGCAGACUGGUUGAUGUGGAGAGAGAGAAGAACAAGUUCUCUAUACUGGCCCAACAAAGACUGGAGGAGAUGGAGAACCUGAAAAGGAUGCUCCAAAGUCAGAAAUCACCAGAUUGUCCUCCAACUAUGAUCAGAUCUGUACUGACGACACCACGUCAGACUCCAUCAGAACACAUCGCUCACUACCUGAGGUCGCUAAGCCUGCUGGGAUCCACACACGCUGACCAGGAGACAAGAGGCCACAGCCAUGAUUUGGACGCCCAAGCUCCUCCUGUCCACCAUUGUCACGGUUCACAGGCAACUGGACAGCAGCUGGACUCAACCCUGUCCCAGUGCGACACAGAAUCAGAAUUGUGCAACUGGAGCAUGAGGUCAGACUCCACCUUUGACACCAGAGACGAGGUGGCGUUCAAAGACGGCCUGGCAGCUCUGGACGCCAGCAUCGACAGUCUGUGGAAGAACCUUCAGCUGGAGUUGAGGAGGUGAAAUCUGUCCCCGGUUUAAGAUCCGUUUUUUUAAUAUUUUUAUUUUAACAUUCGUCAUCUGGAAUUUGAAAUAAAGCAAUAUCUAACAUUA